GUAGCCUAGCCUGGCCUAGCCUGCCACUAAACGCAUAAACUUUAGCGCGGCAGUUGUGCAAGUCGUAAGCUACUGCGAGUCACUAGUAUGCUAUACGCUCUUAAAAGUGAGAGGUGUGAUAAUUGUGACCAGGAAGACUAACAAGCCAUUUGCUGAACAGGCUAGCGGCAGUAUUUUUAUAUGUAACCGUUGUCGUGGGGGUAAGACACCAGGCUGUCGGCGCGAACCCCACUCCGGCAGAUCAGACGUGCAAGAAGCCCCUGUGCAACAGCAACACUGUUGGGGCAAUUGCACUGCUACAAUGAGACGGGCAGAAGGGGCAUACAGCUAUUCACAGGCACUGAAAGGCGAACAACAUGUUCCACUUUGUGAUGACACUGAUGAGACAAACCUGCAUCUUCUUGCGAUUGAGCCCAGUUGUGACACAGCUGCACUUGAGGUCAAGAAGCAAGGAUGGUCGUGUAUCUGUGCAGUGGAGCAGCAUCCACCAGUGCCAGACCUUUAUGACCUGCAGCAACAGCUAGGUGAGGCUGGUCCGUGUUCCGACACCGGUUCGACGUCUUCUGGCUCUGAAACCUGCUUGCAAAAGAGCAAGAUUAUAGGUGCAAGCAACUCCUCUGCAACAGCAAGACUAGAGGAGAAGGGUUGUGGACUACUUACGAGUACUUGCACUGCUGCAAUGAGACGGUCAGAAGGGACGUACAGCUAUUCAGAGGCACUGAAAGGUGAAAGAUGCGUUUCACUUCAUGGUGGCACUGAUGAGACAAACCUGCAUCCACUGGAUAUUGAGCCCAGAUGUGACACAACUGUGCGAGAGGUCAAGAAGCAAGUGGAGCAGCAUCCACCGGUGGCAGACUUUUUUGACCUGCAGCGGCAGCUAGAAAGGGUUGCACCUUUUUCUGACCCAACUUUCACAUCUAGCUCUGAGGCCUUCUCACAAAGGAGCAAGAGCAAAGCUCAGAUUGUGAAGAUAGUUCACAUGGUGAAAAAAAGAUUGCCAGAAUACGAGGAGCAGGAGAUCCACAAACACGUGGUUGACCUACGCAGAUCGCAGGGUGGCUUCUCGCAUAUGAAGUUGAAUGCCAUUGUCGCCCUUGUGCUCAGCCACAUGAGGAACAUUGCACACGAUGCAGCAUCUACAGUCAAGCCUGCUUCUUAAGUCAUCAUGCAGCUUCUGCCUUGGCCACAUGCUUCUUGAAUGUUCUCUAUAGUGACCAAACAUUGUUGAUGUUUUGUUUUUACUGAACUUGCUUAAGAUGACUUUUGCGACUGUGAUAUGCACAUAGAGACUGUCUACUUUGGUGAAAACGUGCGAUGUAUGCCCAAGAUCUAUUUUUAUUGAAUCAAGAGUGUGGCUGUUAUAAUGAACCAUUGUUACUUUGAUUAUCCCAGCUAUGUUGCUUAGGCAAUGAUGCUGCCACAAAAGUCUGUUUCCAAUGACACAUGUUAGCGCUAUUUGUGUAGAUAUGCAUGUUUGGUGCAAAUAAACAGUUCAAUUUAAAGCAAAGCCUCCUUUGCCUUUUCCUGCUGAGCACGAGGUCGUGGGAUCGAAUCCCGGCCGUGGCGGCUGCAUUUCGAUGGGGGCGAAAUGCGAAAACACCCGUGUACUUAAAUUUAGGUGCACAUUAAAGAACCCCAGGUGGUCCAAAUUUCCGGAGUCCCCACUACGACAUGCCUCAUAAUCAGAUCGUGGUUCUGGCACGUAAAACCCCAUAAUUAAAUUUUUUUCCUUUGCCUCUUUGAUUUUCCCUCUACUGCUGAUGCUGUCUUGCCGAUUGGCCAGUACCACACAUAGUGCAAACAAGCAUAGGAUAUACGGUUGAACAUCGAUAUAGCAAAGUCGGUAAAAUCGGCACUUCGUUAUAUUGAAGUGUUACAUUGAAAUUUGACAUUUUAUGCAAGUAAUUAGUUGCCGACGGAUUUUUCAUUAAAGGGCCUCUCACCAGGUCUGGCCAUUUUGAGCUGACAAGUGCAAUGCAUACAAUUUACGCUAACGAUUGUGUCUGCUAAGUAUUGCAUUGCUACGCACUGCGGAAAGAGCUGAAAUUUCAAACCAAACGCUGUUUGGCCCUUCUCGCGGGCGCCGUGCUCCCAGCCGGAGUGACGUAUAUAUCGCAGGUGCGCUAUGCAUAUCGCCGUGCUGUGACGUCGCUCAUAGUGACCCGUGACUUCAACAAUUAUUCAAGGCAACAUCAGUUAUUUCUUUAAUCUGUUACUUCAGUAGACCAAUUAAAGUUUAGAGAAAUAAUAAAACGCAAAUCGAAUGUCUGCGUGUUUUUUGUUUUACUUCGUACCGUUGUAGGAGAGAUGUACUUCCGUUUUGUCUGCUUG